AUGGAGUUCAUUAACGACUUGCUCCCAAACCUGGAGCCAGAAGUUCAAGAUGCGGAAGAAGAAACCUUUUAUCUCUAUGCUCAACCUAUCCCGACUAUGAAUCUUGGGUUUAUAGACGCUCGUGCUACUUCAGUCGAUGUUUCAGUGGGAGAUCGAGAUUUCACCAUUCAUCAAUCUCCCACCGUUCUCUCAUCUACACGAUCAGGUGGCACAACUGGAGCAGUGAUCUGGAAGAUAGCACCAACAUUUGCUACAUGGCUCUCAUCUCCUUCAAACCCAAUCUUGACCAAGAUCAACCUCACAAACGCUUCCAUCCUCGAGCUCGGCUGUGGCAUAUCACCCCUGAGCGCCCUAGCCCUUGGCCCGCGUGUAGCCCGCUAUGUUCUGACCGACCAGUCUUAUGUCCAGCGUCUCCUCCAGAGAAAUAUUGACGAGAACUUCUCGUCGGCGUUUAGCUCGGGAACGUCUACUCCUACGGGCGGACGGGGCAGGAAGAAGCGCAAUGCUCACGGUCCUAUAACCCCUCAGUCGAAUAUUCACUUCACAACGCUUGAUUGGGAAACGGAUGAAGUCACACCUUCUCUAGUUGGUUUUGGCGACGCCCGUAGCUUUGAUGCGGUUGUUGCUUGUGAUUGCGUGUACAACUAUGCUCUCGUGGACCCAUUUGUUCAGACAUGCGCGGAUGCAUGUCGUCUUAGACUCUCCGACUCUGCGUUGAGUGAUAGCGAUGAAAGACGGCCAUGUAUCUGCGUCAUUGGGCAACAACUUCGCAGUGACGAAGUUUUCGAGUCAUGGCUCAAAGCAUUUUCAGCCUCGUUCCAUGUCUGGAGGGUUUCAGACAACGCACUCCCUGAAGAGCUGCGAUCAACAGCGGGAUUCGUUGUGCACGUCGGCAUACUCCGUGAAGAACUGAAAUAG